AUGGCAGCUCAAGCACCCGAAUUUAAGCUUGCAUUAGUUGGAGAUGGAGGUGUUGGUAAGACUACACUUGUUAAACGCCACUUAACCGGAGAGUUCGAAAAGAAGUACAUACCGACAAUUGGUGUUGAGGUCCACCCGUUGAAAUUUAACACGGACUUUGGCCCAUUAAUAUUCAAUGUUUGGGAUACUGCAGGCCAAGAAAAAUUCGGAGGACUUAGAGAUGGUUAUUAUAUAAAGGGACAAUGCGCUAUUAUUAUGUUUGACGUUACAUCCAGAAUUACAUAUAAGAAUGUUCCGAACUGGCACAGAGACAUUGUUCGUGUUUGUGAGAACAUUCCAAUUGUUUUGGUAGGAAACAAAGUUGAUGUUAAGGAUAGACAGGUUAAAGCGAGGCAAAUUCAGUAUCACAGAAAACGUAACCUUCAGUAUUACGAUGUUUCUGCUAGAAGCAAUUACAACUUUGAAAAGCCAUUCUUGUGGUUAGCUAGAAGAUUAACAAAUCAGCCGGCUUUGCAAUUAGUUGGUCAGCAUGCAAAAGCUCCUGAAGUUAAUAUUGACCCAUCUCUUGUUGCUCAGGCUGAGAGAGAAUUGAGUGAGGCAGCAAAUGCGCCAAUUGAAGAUGAUGAUGAAGACCUUUAA